AUGGCGUCCAUCCGCUCCCCAUCCGUCCGCAGUCUCACAACAACAUCCAACACCAGCGAACCACUAUACCAAGUCAAGCUUCUAGCUGCCAUCAGAAGUGGCGAUCCCGCCCUCAUCCAUCCAUUCCUCGCCGAAAUCAGCAAAGAGCAGCGCGCGUCCAUCGAUGGAAACCUCGACACCGGCGCCGCAGCCCUCCACCUCGCCAUCCGCUGUGCUAACCUCGACACCGUCCAGCUGCUCCUCUCCCACCGUGCCAUAUCUCCCAACGGCGUCCACCCACCCGGAUCAGGCACGAGCCCGCUGCACCUCGCCGCUUCCCUGGGCCGCGUCGACGUCGUGGCGCUGCUGCUUGACCAGCCUGGGAUUGAUGAUACCAUGCGCGAUGCAAGCGGGCGCACCUGCAGAGAGGUCGCAAGGGGGCGGGAUGUGAUCAAGCUCGAUCUGAGCUACCUCGACGACUACACCGGCACCGCGCUCCUGCACGAGGCCGCGCGGCGCAAGGAUCUGCGCCUGAUCGAGAGCGCCGUGCGCGCGGGCGCGGACGUGUUUGUGCGGGACAGGGGCGGCCGGAUGACGCACGAGGGGAGCGGCAAGGACGAUCGUGUCAAGGUGUUUCUGAGGCAGUUUGCGAACAGCGACCAGACGCUCGUCGAUGCGGGCGCGAGCGGGCCGGUCGUGCUCAAGGGCUAUCUGAGCAAGUACACGAAUGUCGCGCGCGGGUACAGCACGCGCUGGUUUGUGCUCCAGGACGGUGUUCUCUCGUACUACCGCCACCAAGACGACGAGACUGUCGCGUCGCGCGGCGCCAUAUCGAUGAAGACAGCGACCGUGCGGUAUACCGCGGGCUCGGGUGCGGGCGGUGGUGCGGGCGGGGGAGGAGGGGGGGGAGAGAAUAAAAGGGGGUUCGAGGUGCAGAGUUCGGCGUCGCAUGGCCAUUCGCAGAAGUGGUAUGUGAAGGCGAAUCAUCCGGUCGAGGCGGCGCGGUGGAUGGCGGCGCUGCAGAAGGCUGUGGCGCAGGCGCAGGAUACCGGCGAGGGCAGCCCGCAGCAGCAGGGUGUUCCGCAGCAGCAGCAGCAGCAGCAGGGGACGUUGACGCCGCACAGCAGCGGAGGAGGUGGGGGAGGAGGGAAGAUGGCGAGGACACGCACGAGCCUCGGGAACGUGCCGCUGCUCACGAGGAAGAUGACGGGUAUGAGCGUCAAGGGCGGGACCGGGACCGUGGCGGGGAGGAAGAACUCGCUCGGACAGGGGUCCAUCGCGGAGAGCCUCGGCGGGAUGGGCGUCAGCGCGAGCGGGAGCUCGAUGGCGCUCCUGGACCCGCGCGGCCGCGCUUCGUCGGACGCGAGGAGUCUUGUGCCGAGCCAGAUCUCGAGAGAGGGCAGCGCGAGCGACGAGCUGGACGAUGCGGCGUCCUCGAUGAUGGACGGCGCGUCUGGUGGAAGGGGCCCGCCGCACGGGGAGAGUUUUGAGUUGAGCGGGAACGCGGCGGGUGCGCAGAUGGAGAUGCUUGUGCAGCUUUUGGCAGCGUUGGAUGAUGCGCUUCCUUCUGACGGCCAGGGACAGAACAAGAUGCCGACACUAGGGAACAUGAAGGAGCUGAAGAGCGCGCUGCUGGAGACGUGUGCGGCCGCGCAGAGCACGGUCGGCGCGUACGUCGGGAUGGCGCGGGAGCGCGACGAGUGGUGGCGCGCGAGGCUGCGGCGCGAGCGGGAGAGGCAGAGUGUGUGGGAGGAGAGUCUCGCGACUGUUGUGAGGGAGGGGGAGGUGCUCGAGCGGGAGCUGAGGGCGCGGGCGAGGGAGAGGAAGGGGGUGAGUGUGUUGGGUGGUGUGGGUGGUGUGGGUGGCGAGGGAGGUGCGGGGCAGGGGACUGUGCGGAGGAGGAGCGCGAUGCAAGGACCGGUGGCGGUGGCUUCGCCCCCGCCUUCGGGGAUGCCGCCGGCGGGGGAGGAAGGGGAGAGGGCGUAUUUCCCGCCUGCCGGCGUUCAGCCCGUUAUUACGACUACGGCUGCUACGCCGCUUACACCGCCGGGCGCCUCUGCCGCCGCUCCUGGACCCGCGACAGCAACGAUGGCGCCAGUAUCAGCAGCGGUGGAGGACGACGCAGGCUCGGACGGAAUGGACACGGACGACGAGGACGAGUUCUUCGACGCGAUCGAGACAGGCACGCUGCCGAACCUGACCGUGUCCGAGAUCCUACAGCGCCCCGCGUCCGCGUACGGCUCCACUUCGUCCUCUGCCUUCGUCUCCAGCGCUGGCACCGUCACCCACGCCCGAGACGACACCGCGCACUCGGACACGGACACGGCGCCCACCCUCUCCCCGCCCAGCACACUCUCCCCCCUCGGCCCGCGCAUCAACCUCGCCCCGCUCAAAGCGUACGAGCGCCUGCGGAGCGCGCUGCCGCUCGGGAGCGACACGCGCCCGCCCGCGAGCCUGUGGAGCGUGCUGAAGCAUAGUAUCGGGAAGGACCUGACACGGAUCAGUUUUCCGGUGUUCUUUAAUGAGCCGACGAGCAUGUUGCAGCGGAUGGCGGAGGAUAUGGAGUUUUCGGAGUGUCUGGAUGUGGCGGCGCGGGAGAAGGACGCGCACAGGCGGAUCGCGUUCGUUGCUGCGUUCGCGAUGUCGAAUUAUUCGUCGACGAUCGGGAGGAUUGCGAAGCCGUUUAAUCCCAUGCUGAGCGAGACGUUUGAGUAUGUGCGGUUGGACAAGGAGUAUCGGUACAUGUCUGAGCAGGUCAGCCAUCAUCCGCCGAUCUCGGCGUGUUGGGCGGAGUCGCCGUGUUGGAACUAUUAUGGCGAGGUCGACGCGCAGAACAAGUUCAUGGGCAAGUCGUUCGAGAUUCGCCCGACGGGUGUGGCGCAUGCGGACCUGUUUCUGCCCGAGGAGUGGGCGCCGAACUAUCCGACGGCGAAGGGGAAGAGCGUCGCUGCGUCGGCGGAGGGAAAGGUGGUCGAGCAUUAUUCGUGGAAGAAGGUGACGACGAAUGUGUCUGGGUUUAUCCUUGGGAACCCGACGAUUGAUCAUUAUGGGGAUAUGGUGGUCACGAACCACCGCACGGGCGACGAAUGUGUGCUCACCUUCAAGCCGCGCGGGUGGCGCGGCAAAGACGCAUACGAGAUCUCCGGGUUCGUGCGCGGCUCGGACGGGUCUGUGACGUACGAGAUCGCGGGACGAUGGAACGCGCAGCUGAUCGCGCGCGCCGUGGGCACCGGCAGCGGCUUUUUACACCCAGACGUGUCGAUCGGGAGCGGCCCUCAGUCGCCCAGCUUCGCGCCCGAGUACAUCCUCCUCUGGCGCAACUCGGAGAAGCCGCGCGCGCCGUUCAACCUGACGCCGUUCGCGGUGACGCUCAACGACUGCCCCGAGGACACGCUGAGGCCGUAUCUGUGUCCGACGGACUGCAGGCUGCGCCCUGAUCAGCGGGCGUUUGAGAAUGGGAAGUAUGAGUUGGCGAACGAGCUGAAGCAGAGGCAGGAGGAGAAGCAGCGCGCGACGCGCAAGGCGAGGGAGGAGGGCAGGGUGCCGGCGCAUCGGCCUAGGUGGUUUAGUGCGCUUGUGGAUGGGGAUACGCGGGAGAGGGUGUGGAUGCCUGCGCGCGUUGGGGAAGGGGAUGGCGGACACGGUGACGGUGAUGGCGCAGGAGAGCUGGAGUAUUGGGCGGAGAGGGAGAGGGUGUGGAGGGCUUUAAGGGAUAGGGCGCAGGGGGGUGAAGGCGAGUGGAGAGAUGUGGAUUCUGUUUUCAUUGAUAGUGGGCCUCGCCAUGCUACCGUCCACGUUGAACGGUAUGCAGAGUCUUCGUGA